CAUGGACAGCGCCUGGUGUGUGCCCUUGCUUGCCGCAGUUGCAACGUUCCUCUUGACGAUGCCAUUCACCUGCUUCGGCCUCCUGUUCGUUCUCAUCAUGGAGAAGUUCGGGACCACCCGGGAACAGGCGUCUUGGGUAGAAAGCGCCUUCAUUAUGAGCAGCAACUUAUCAGCGCUCGCAAUAGCUUUCCUUCAGCGACGCAUCAGCCUCUCCCACAUCGCCCUCAUGGCUGCCGCCGCUACCAGCGCAUCUGUCGUUGCGUCUGCAUUCGCACCAGACGUGAUAUGGUUGAGCAUCGUUUUCGGCGGAGCUUAUGGUUUCGCAGUAAAAGUUUUCAUGGCAUCUGCUUCAAUCUACACGAUGCUGUUCUUCGACAAGUACCGGGCGACCGCCCAGUCCUUCAUCAGCUGCGCUCAGGGAGCAGCCGGCAUGGCGGGACAAACCCUGCUGUCACGGCUCGAGCGGACCUAUGGCCUCGCUGGAGCGUUGGUCAUCCUCGGCGGGAUACUCAUGCACGCUGUUCCACUUUCUAUGCUUCUGAAGGAAGCCCACCGGAUAAGGUUUACGUCCUUCCUGAAAAAGAAGGCGUCAGCGUUUGUCGCCAAUAUUGUUGCUACCUCUGAGAUAACAUGCUCGAAGAAAGGUGUGUUACUACGGUCCGUACAUCAGGUAAAUUCCUGUAAAAUACAAGGCGGCCCGCAACGCAAGCCUGAAUUUGCGUUUGUACGGAGAACAAGUAGAAAAAUAUUUUCAAUUGAACUGCCUUGUCUAGAUGAAAAGCAAUCACUUCCCGCCCCAAUAAAGCAAGAAUACAGCAUGGAAAAUUCGCUGAGCAAUUCCUCGAGCGCCGUGAGCAAAAAUAUGCUCAUUUCACAAGAAGCGCAGAAAAUCUCAACGGCGAUUUCUGCGCUAGAACAAAACAUUCCCAGAGAUGAGACGAUAACGCCGAAUCAAAGCCGCUCACUACAAAUCGUACUGUCGUUGUUAAAAGAACGAGCAUUUUAUGUUUUGGUCUUUGCGAUUGUGGUUGGCGAUUACACCGAAAUUGUGUUCCUUGCCACGGCUGUGGAAUAUGGUCAAGAUAUGAACUUAAGCAUGGAGGCAAGCGGACAGAUAGUCACAUUGUGGUUUCUCGGGCAAUUCCUGGGGAGCGGCUUGCUACCGGUGAUAGCCGAUAACCUGAGCUACAGCCGUUCAUCUUUCUAUGUGGUCACUUUCGCAAUUUCCUCCGUCUCUUUGGUGGUGCUGCCUCACAUGACGGAUAUCGGUGGCCUUGCCCUGCUCCUUGCGAUACAUGGCAUGGCAAUGGGCUUCAUCAGGUGCGUCAAGUGCGUUGUCAUAGCCGAUCAAGUUGGCACUGAACGCACCGCAGCCUGUUGGGGCAUCAGCGGGUUGGCGAUAAUGCCUUUAUCGCUGGCCAGCCCAGAAAUCAUUGGUUUCUUCAGGGAUGGGGGAGGUUCAUACGACAACUUCUAUAGGAUGCUCAGUGGAAUCAACCUGUUUGUCACGAUCCAGUUUGCCUUGUUCCUUGUUUGUCGCAAAACACGGAAGAGCGUAACCGAAGAUAACCGCCUUUAGGUCACUCUGACGCUUCACGCUAUCUAAUACACAGUGUGGCUAAUUCGCAUUACGUCGUAUCUUUUCAGUGCGUUUUCUAUGUUUAGGUAUUUUUGCGGAUAGAAUGUAGCACUUGGAGAAAUGAUAAGCAUGUACACUAUUACUGAAAGGCAUAACUAAACACCCGGUAAUGCAUUCUGACAGGGUAAAGAAUUGUCCGCGAAUGCACACCGCCAAUAAAACGCAUUUAUUUCAACUCAGGGUCCUUAGAAUAACGCCUCGUUCGUCAUCCUGCAAAACACUACACUUCUCUAAUUCUUUGAGGCUGAUGGUGAUUUCAAAAUCUGGCGAAACACAUCACUGCUUACCCGCCCAUUUGCCCACGUAA